UACUGUCACCUUCCCUGCUGGCAAUGGGGAAUGGACUCUCGGACCAGACGCCGAUCCUCUCCAGCCUGCCUUCCUUCCAGAGCUUUCACAUCGUCAUCCUGGGGCUGGACUGCGCCGGGAAGACGACGGUGCUCUACAGACUGCAGUUCAAUGAGUUCGUCAACACGGUCCCCACUAAAGGAUUUAAUACGGAGAAAAUCAAAGUGACGCUGGGCAACUCGAAGACGGUCACUUUCCACUUCUGGGAUGUGGGCGGCCAGGAGAAGCUGAGGCCGCUGUGGAAGUCGUACACGAGGUGCACCGAUGGCAUCGUGUUUGUGGUGGACUCCGUCGACGUUGAGAGGAUGGAGGAGGCCAAAACAGAACUUCAUAAGAUUACUAGGAUAUCUGAGAAUCAAGGAGUGCCUGUCCUUAUCAUUGCUAACAAGCAGGACCUGAGGAACUCUCUCUCCCUUUCUGAAAUCGAGAAAAUGUUAGCGAUGAGUGAGCUGAGUUCUUCAACGCCGUGGCAUUUGCAGCCUACCUGUGCAAUCAUUGGAGACGGACUUAAAGAGGGACUGGAGAAACUACAUGAUAUGAUAAUUAAGCGAAGGAAAAUGUUGAGGCAGCAGAAAAAGAAGAGAUGAGUUCUUUUUUGACCUUUCUAUUUUAGAGUAGUUACAUGGUCAAAAUUUGACGUAAGACAGCUUCCAAACCCAGGCCUGCCUGUUUGGAUGCCGUUAAGCUUAGUUACGUUAAACAAUCAGUUGCACAACCUUGCUGUGUGCAGGAAGGCUGUGCAGUUGUGGAUUUUAUUUUUUUUUUUUAACUAGUCUCUUCUGAGUUUUUUGGCUCUGUAUUAUUUCAGAAGCCCUAAUAGAUGAUGUAAUGCUAUCAGGAAAUGGAUGGGUGGGUAUAUGUGACAUGGAUGUCUAAAUAGCCAAAUAAAACGAGGGUUUUCUGCUUAGUGUUGUACUCAUAUGUUUGAGGGUGCCCUCUGCAAGCAAUUUGCGUUGAAGGUGUUCUGUGUUUUUAAAUUUCUGAUGCUCGUAAGUGGAGUGCUUAGGUGAACAUUAUACAGCUUUAAAAACAUGUAUGAAGCUAGUAACCCAUAAUUUCGUUGAGGCUGGUUUUUUACCUUGUUUGAGGAUUUCUAUGAAAGCUUGGCUACACGUGUAGGUUUUUUUAAUUUGGCACUUUCUGAAACUGAAUUAUGUUCAGUUCAAACACUUGAAAUUUUAAGUGCUUUGGAUUCUUCAACUGGUAAAAGAAAGACUUUGACAAGUAAAAACUGUAAACAACACGAUGGAGCAUGAAAAAGUGGUUUCCCAACGUAUAGCAUGUUUUUUGGUAUGUAAGGUUUUUAUUUUUUAGAAAUAGCCACUCAUCAUUAUACAGUGCUAAUCAGGUUUAAACUGUUACUCAAAAUUAGUAAUUUAUUUCUGAAUGGUGAGUAUUAUGUCCUCCUAGUAUCAAAAGUCAAUGAAUUGCAGUAAAGGAGCUAAAGAACAACUAUGGCUGCUGUGGUUCUCACCAGUGCAGCAUUCUUUGCCCUAUUGGUGACUUUCCUGGCAAUAUAACAUAAUUAUAAUGAAGUAAAGAUGGAGUUAAAAUUAGCAGAGCACAUUCUGUAUCUCCCCAAAAUAACCCAUUUUAUUAAAGUGGUAUUGCUAUGUCACUUUCAACGUAUGCUUUUUUUUGUUGUGACUCUUACAGUAUUUUGUGGUUAGGAAUGUAAUAAUGCUUUAUACACUCAAAACAUUAGACACUACC